ACGACGGACGCUCGUUCCCCACUGCCACUUUUCCUCCUCAUUCUUCGAUCUUCUUCCUCCUUUUUCUUUCUUCUUUUUUCAGAAGCAAGCCGCCCGGUGGCUUGUCUGUUGCCGAGCGAUGACGCACCAACUACCGCCGCAGCUCCUGCGCCUGUUUGCGGCCAGGCCGCCGCUGUCGUAUGUGCCGGCACUGUCGACCGACAAGGACCUCACGGCCCGGCCAGCCAAGACGCACCGGCCACUCGAGGGAGUCGCCGCCUUUCUGGAGCGCGUGCGGCAGGAGGCGGCCGACAAGGGCGAGGCCACCAACGACGUGCCGGACGAGAAUGCAGAGGGCGAGCUGACGUAUGCGGAGCAGACAAAGAGGGACCUGCGGAGGGAGCAGAAGACAAAGGAAAAGGAGGAAAAGAAAAAAAAGGGCUUGGAGAGCUACGAUCCGAAGAGUGACCCAGAGGCGCAAGGCGAUCCAUUCACGACGCUCUUCCUCUCCCGGCUGGACUACUCGACCACUGAAAAGGACCUUGCGCGGGAGUUUGACAUGUACGGCCCCAUUUCGCGCAUCCGCAUCGUCCGCGAUCGCGAGGGCAAAUCGCGGGGCUACGCAUUUGUCGUCUACCAGCACGAGCGCGACAUGCGGGCCGCCUACAAGGAUGCAGAGGGCAUCAAGAUCCACGGUCGGCGGCUCAUGGUCGAUGUCGAGCGGGGCAGGACCGUCAAGGACUGGAAGCCGAUGCGGCUGGGCGGUGGACUAGGUGGGCUCACGCGCAAGAAGAAGGAACCCGUGCAGGAGGCCAUGCCCGCAUUCGGGAUGGGCAUGGGUAUGCGCGGCGGCUUUGGGGGGCGGGGUGGAUUCAGAGGCGGACGAGGUGGCGGUGGAGGAUUUGGAAGAGGAAGAGGCGGCGGAGGAUUCGGUGGGCCACCGCGGGACGGCUUUGGCGGUGGACCGCCCAGAGGCGGCUAUGGUGCCCCACCAGGACCAGGUGGUGGUGCUGGAGGAGGAGGAGGCUACGGACCCCCAAGAGGAGGAGCAGGGCCAGGAGGCUACGGCGGAGGAGCAAGGGGCGGCUUUGGAGGGCCACCUUCUGCUGGUCCACCGGCCGGUUACUCCGGUGGUGGUGGCUAUGGACCUCCUGGGGGCGGAUACGGGUCUGGCGACGGCUACGGUAGAGCAGAUGGGCCGCCGUCAAAGAGAGGCCGUUAUUGAUCCCAUGUACCACUAUUCUUCUCAGUCUUUUCCGCAUUCAAGCAACAAACUACAAU